AUGGUUCGCUUCAAUCUUUUGAUCAUAGCCGCUUCGGCUAUUACAUCCAUGGUCAGCGCCAGUGUCUGGCCUCUUCCUAAAGAACAAAGUCUUGGUGAUCAAGUCGCCUGGCUCGACGGUAGAGUCAAAUUCAAUGUCAAAUAUGGCCCAGCUGGCAACUCACCAACCUACAAGUAUACCCGCGACGCCCUGACCUCGCGUAUCACCCGUCGCAAGACCUCCAAAAAGGGACAGGCAGAGACCCGCAUCGAUGCCGCGAUCGACCGUGCCAAGUCAUUCCUCUACAACGAUAACCUCGUCCCCUGGAUGUUCCACAAGAAAGGCACAGAUUGGCAACCCCACUACGACAGAAAGACCGCGAUCACGAUCAAAACCAUCUCAGUCACCCAAACGGAAGUCGAACCAGAUAACUCCAAGGACGAACCAAUCGAUGAAUCUUACACCCUCACUAUCAGCAAAAUCAAUGAUCGUGAAGCCAAAGUCGAAAUCGUCGGGAAAACCUCCGUCGGCGUCCUUCACGGUCUUACCUCCCUUCCCCAACUCUUCUACGCUACCGAUGACAAAAAGAAGAUAUACACUCCAUACCUCCCAGUCACAAUCACAGACUCUCCUCGUUUCUCCCACCGCGGUCUAAAUCUUGACGUCGCCCGUUCCUUCUACCCGGUUAAAAACAUCAAAUCUUUAAUCGAUGUCCUAUCCUGGAAUAAAAUGAACAUCCUCCACAUCCACAUCACAGAAUCCCAAUCAUGGCCGUUGGAGAUAAGAUCAAUGCCAGAUCUAGCCGCUAAGGGCGCCUACACGAAGGAUCAGAUCUACUCCGUUCGUGAUAUCGAUGAUAUUUACUCUUACGCCGCUUUACGUGGUAUCAAAGUCAUCAUAGAAAUCGACAUGCCGGGCCACACUGCUUCGAUCGCAUACAGUCGUCCAGAACUUAUCGCAAACUUCAAUAAACAACCUUGGGUUGGAUUUUGUGCUCAACCACCCUGUGGACAAUUCAAACUCGAUUCUCCGGUUGUUGAUAAAUUUGUCGAAGAAUUGUUUGCGGAUCUGUUACCCCGGUUGAAAGCCUCUGGGGCUGGUUACUUCCACGCCGGUGGUGAUGAAUAUAACUCCAACUCCGCGCAAUUCGACGAAACAGUCGGAUCUAACGACUCCACCAUCGUUGUUCCAAAACUCAACCGUUUUGUGAAUAAAGUCCAUAAGGAAAUCUUUGACGCCGGCUUCACUCCAAUCGCUUGGGAAGAGAUGUUGUUGGAGUAUCCACUCACACUUGACCCCCGCGUCAUCAUUCAAGCAUGGAUCGAUAACGAAUCUGUUAAGAAGAUUGUGGAUAAAGGUCAUCGCGUUAUCUUUGGAAACUACAAGAAUUGGUAUUUGGACUGUGGGUUUGGGUUCUGGCUCGAUGUUAAACCGGAGAGUUUCAACCAAUUGGCCCCCGCGUUCACGGAUUACUGCUCGCCUAUGAAGAACUGGAAGGCAAUUUACUAUUACGACGCUCUUGAAGGAAUCCCCAAGGAUAAAUUGAAUUUGGUUCUUGGUGGUGAAGUUCAUAUGUGGUCGGAGCAGGUCGAUGGUCAAAUCCUAGAUGCUAGAGUUUGGCCGCGAGCCUCCGCUGCCGCUGAGGUCCUUUGGAGCUGGAAUAGAGAGGAAAGUGGCGAAUACAGGACACAAUUGAGCGUUACCCCAAGGCUGGCCUUGAUCAGAGAGAGAAUGGUUGCCAGAGGUGUUCAGGCCAGUCUUGUCACUCAGGGAUGGUGUCUCCAAAAUCCCGGUGACUGUCAGUAUUAG